UUUUAUUCUGUCGAGUACAAACGAAAGAGUGACAGUGAGACAAGUAUUAAACAUUCGGGAAGUCUAUAUUCAACUAGUUCUGUAUUCCUUUCCAACUCGAUAACAAAUCAAAUGAUCAAGAACUGAAUAAGGAAAAGAUUUAUAAAAGAGAAAAGGAACACUAUUCCGGUGUCAAGAACUAAUCAUGUUUGGCAAGGAAAAACAACAACAAGAAUCUACUUCAUGUGUCACCAGUCAAAAAGAGAUAAAAGUGUCAAGUUAUAGGCAAGUACAAUACGCGACAUGGAUCGAUGAAUCUCAUGGAAUAUUUGAACAGAACGAAAGACAAAAAAAUAAGAGGCAAUCAAACCACACUACCAAAAGAAUACAAAAAAGAGAAGAAAAGAAGUUCUUGAUGGCUAGUAAAGAAACAUUUGAAGUUCACUUUUCAACGACUUGA